CCUGUGGCCACUCCCCUGCUCCUGUCCCCAGGGUUUGCCUUCCCAGAUUGGGCCUACAAGCCGGAGUCGUCCCCUGGCUCAAGGCAGAUCCAGCUGUGGCACUUUAUCCUGGAGCUGCUGCAGAAGGAAGAGUACCAGGGUGUCAUCGCCUGGCAGGGGGACUACGGGGAAUUUGUCAUCAAGGACCCCGACGAGGUGGCUCGGCUCUGGGGCAUCCGCAAAUGCAAGCCUCACAUGAAUUAUGACAAGCUGAGCCGGGCCCUGCGCUACUACUACAACAAGCGGAUUCUCCACAAGACCAAAGGGAAGAGGUUCACCUACAAGUUCAACUUCAGCAAAGUCGUGCUUGUCAAUUACCCACUGUUGGACGUGGCGGCAGCCACCACGGGCUCCCCACUCUUGCUGACCCCUGGUCCUUUUGGGGGAGGCCCUGGGCCAGAUGCUCCUCCCCUCACCCCUGAGACCCUGCAGACCCUGUUCUCUGCCCCACGCCUGGGAGAGCCGGGGGCCCGGGCGCCCCUGUUCACCCCUGAGACAGACAAGCUGCGUCUGGACAGCCCUUUCCCGUUCCUGGGCUCCGGUAAGGGCCUGGGGUCCAGGGGUGCCAGCGGGGGGAUGCUGCAGGUGUUUGAGGAAAGAGGAUGAGCAAAGACAGGGAGGAGAGACAGGAUGCAGGAAGGAGGGUGCUCAUGUGUGUAUGUGUGUGUGUGUACACACAUGUAUGUAUGUGUUUAAAAGCCAGAGAAAGCAGGGAGGAGGGAACUGGAAAGGGGGACAGGCUGGGAGAAGGGCUCUCAGGGGCGCUAAAGGAAAGGGGAGACGAGUGGGGGAGGUGGAAGAGAUGGGGGAAGCCACGUGUGGCAGAGAAUGGGGUGGAACAUGGCAGGGAGGUGGCACCCUUUACUAAUGCCCAGGCAGGCCCCCGACGGUGGAGGGGUGGCACAGCCUGACCCACCCCCUGUGCCCCCCCAGGUGCCACCGGCUACUCCAAGCCCCCUGGCCUGCUGGGGCCUUAUGGCCGCGCCUUCCCAGAGUACCCCUGGAACUUUAACCCAUACCUCACAGGCCCCUUCCCCAAGCUGCCCCCCUCUCUCUACCCGCCGCACUUCUAUCCCAACCCUCUGGCCAGUUCCUUGGGCCACCUGCCCUCAGCAGGGGCAGCGGGAGGUCCCACAGCCCAGCCCCUACUGGCUGCGACAGGGGAAGGCCUGGGCCCUGAGCGCCCCUCGGGCCUGGCAGCAGCCCCCCGCCUGGCACUGCCAGGGGCUGGGGGUCCAGAGGCCACGCUGGGUGGGAAGGAGGACAGCGACUCGGAGCUGGAGAUCACCGACGUCAGUGGCUGCAGCUCUGACAGCGAGGGUGAUGAGGGCCCCCCUGUCCCCACCAAGGCCAAGGUGGGCAAAGGUGGGGUCGGCAGCUGAGCUGGCAUGGGGUGAUGGAUUCUGCCGAGGUGGGGACCAGGGCGGCUGCCUGUGCAGCCUCUUCCAUCUUCUGGUCUGCCCUCUGUGUCCGGCCCAAGGCCAGGGACCAGCCCUCAGCCCCUCCCAGGGCUGGGCACAUCACUGCCCGUCUCCUUCUUCCCCAACCCAAAAAUGAGGGUCUCACCUCCCUCUCCGGAGGCAGGAGGGAACGUGAUGGCCUCCAGCCUCCUCCCCAGGCUCCAGUUUGAGGGGGGUCCCUGCCUGGCCCCACUCCUGAAGUGCAAUACGGCGCCCAGCCUCCCCUGCCCACCUGCCCCCUGUGCUGUGACCUGCGUGUUUGUGCAGCCGUGACCCCCCUGUGCCGGUCCCAGUCCUGACACCCUCCCCACACAGGCCCCCUGGGGACAGGGAGCUCAGAGCAAUAACCCCGCCCCCAGCCCCCACCCAGGAGGGCCCCCCCUCCCCACAAGCUC